AUGACUGUGUGCAGCACCGUUUCGCGGCGGUUCCCCAUUAUUGCCGCAUUUUCCCUCUUCCUCCAUCCCACUUUCGUUUUAGCAGCUCGAGGGGACUUUCCAUGUCCGGACCCAUACCUCGAUCCCCGGAAUGACUUUUGUAACCCCCUACGAUAUAUCUCGAAUACCACAAUUUCGGGAAUUGCUUUCGCUCUUGUUCUCGCUGUGGGACUCAUUCAGACAUGGCUGACAUACAAACGAGGGGCGAAAUAUAUGCUCGCAAUGGUGAUCGGGUGCUACACGUUUGCACUUGGUAUCGCCCUACGAAUCGGCCUGCAUUUCCAGCCACAGGGGACAGGACUGUACAUCGCCGAAUAUCUAUUCGUCGUGCUUUCGCCGUGCGCAUUUAUUGCGGCGACAUACGUCCUGCUAGGCCGUUUGGCCGCAUACAUAGAUUGCGAUGAAUACUUGGCAGUGAGACCGCGACGAAUCACUAUUGCCUUCGUCACGUCGGAUGUCGUUACAUUCCUCGUCCAGGCUGCAGGCGGAGGCGUGUCAGCCUCAAGUCGCGACCUCCACACAAACGAAAUUGGCUCUAAUAUCUUCCUUGCUGGCUUGGCCGCGCAGUUACUCUCAUUCGUCAUUUUCACUAUUAUACUCCUCUUGUUCCUAUACCGAGUGUACACCCGCCGACAGGAAAUCUGGAACAUCGACUCAAACAAGGCGUGGUAUAACGACUGGCGCGCUCUAGGGUGUGCAUUGGUCAUCAGUUGCAUUGGUAUCCUGAUUCGAUCCGUCUUCCGGACUGUCGAACUAUCAGAAGGGUUCGCAGGACCCCUCGCUACAUCAGAGAAAUUGUUCUACUGCCUUGAUACGCUUCCCCUUUUCAUCGCCAUAUCUGUCUUCAUUCCAUUUUGGCCCGGUCGCUUCAUCACUCCGACACCGAUAACAAAGGAAAGAUCGCCGCAGGCUUCGAUAGAGCUGGGACACGGCAAGCAGCCGGACAGUGGUUGA